CACACCCGGACUCACGAAUACGAGGCUCCCCAAACUAUCUCGCCAGAUGCUUUAUCUCGCGCCAUCGUCGAAGACGUGGACCAACAGGGCAGUGUUGAGACACUCAGUACAUCAGGUCUGCAUGAAGCGGAAGUCACUCCAACUACUCUUCAGUCACCGCCACCGCAGCCCCCGGAAUUGCGCUGGCGAGAACAGCUAAUACAACUGCAAGAGAUGGGCGUCGCAGAUACGCUGAUGGCGGUCCAGGCUCUAGAGGCAACAAAUGGAGACAUUUCACUGGCACUGAACAUUCUGUUCAAUUAA